AUGGCCUUUAAAGCCUCUAAUGAAAGAGGAGUUGGGCUUCAACCCAGUUCAUUCAAUAUGGAAGAUGUUGAAUUAAAUACAAAUUGGGAAGAUGUGACUUGUCCUAUAUGUUUGGAUUUCCCUCACAACGGUGUACUCCUUCAGUGCUCAUCUUAUGAGAAAGGAUGCCAUGCUUUUGUUUGUGAUACAAACCACUUACACUCCAAUUGUUUAGACCGUUUCAAAAGUGCAUAUGGUAUGUCAUCUCCUUCAAAAUCUGAUGUGAGUCCUGCAGUAAAUACUGAACAAAUGGCAUCAGAAGAAGAUUGCAGGCCUACUUGUCCCUUGUGUAGGGGUGAAGUUACUGGGUGGGUUGUUGUUGACAAGGCUCGUAGACAUCUGGAUGUGAAGAAGCGUUGUUGUGAGGAGCAUCAAUGUACGUUUAUGGGUACAUACUUGGAAUUGCAAAAACAUGCUCAACUAGAGCAUCCUCAUUCUCGUCCUUCAAAAAUUGAUCCUGCUCGGCAGCUUGAUUGGGAUAAUUUCCAGCAGUCCUCCGAGAUCAUAGAUGUUUUGAGCACUAUUCAUUCAGAAGUCCCUCGUGGGGUGGUUUUAGGAGACUAUGUGAUUGAAUAUGGUGAUGAUGAGACUGGAGAUGAGUUUGAGGACUUCCAUGGGGACGAACGUAACUGGUGGACCUCCUGUAUCUUAUAUCAGGUUUUUGAUAACUUACGAAAUUCUAGAAACAGAAGAAGGUCAAGAGUUGGUGAUGCAAGAAGAGGAAGUCGCCGAGCAAGCUACGAUAAUUCGAAUUCUGAUGAAGGUUCUGUGGCAUCUGUUGAAUUCCCUGAGUAUAGAGCAGAUGAGACUGAUGAUGAUUUUAUGAGUACAAAUGGCUCCUCCAGGGGUGGCUCCAGUCAUCGCAGUUCACGUAGACGUCGUUCUCGCUUCUAUGACAUUUAG